AGCCAUCUGUAACUUGGCAUCAUGGCUGUCCUCAGACCUCUGGUGAAGCCCAAGAUUGCCAAAAAGAGGACCGAGAAGUUCAUCCGGCACCAGUCAGACCGACAUGUCAAAAUCAAGCGCAACCGUCGGAAACCCAGAGGCAUUGACAAUAGAGUGCGCAGAAGACUCAAGGGCCAGAUCUUGAUGCCCAACGUUGGUUACGGGAGCAACAAGAAGACAAAGCACAUGCUGUCCAGUGGCUUCCGGAAGUUCCUAGUCCACAAUGUCAAGGAGCUUGAGGUGCUGCUGAUGUGCAAUAAAUCUUACUGUGCAGAGACUGCUCAUAAGGUCUCCUCCAAGAACCAUAAAGCCAUUGUGGAAAGAGCAGCUCAGCUGGCCAUCAGAGUCACGAAUCCCAAUGCCAGACUGUGCAGCGAAGAAAAUGAAUAGACAGCUUAUGUGCAUAUCAUAUUUGUGUUAAUAAAACCAUAAAACUACAAAAAAAAAAAAAGAAAGAAAAGAAACUAUUGACUAUGAAAGGCACUAUAGCAAAGGUCUUCUGCAUAUUAUUUUGCAUGAAAUCAGAAAUGGAGGUAACCUUAGAAAUACCUAUAUUUCUGGGGCACCUGGGUGGCUCAGUUGUUUAAGCGUCCAACUCUU